AUGCUGGUGCUAUCGUGGGAGCUAACCAUAGUUGCGGUGGGGACUGCGCCUGUCUUCUUUUGGCUCAGCAGGUUCGUAGGCGCCAAGCGACGGGCCAUCGCCGCCGAAGCCCAGCGGUCCACGGCCGAGUUGACCGCCAUCACCCAGGAAACCCUGUCAAUAUCGGGCGUCAUGCUGGCCAAGCUUUUUGGACGCCAGAACAGCGAGAUUGACCGGUUUCACCACCAGAAUCAGAAGCUGUCGGACUUGAUACUCCGCCGGCAGAUGACCGGUCAAUCCUUCUUCACUCUGAUGCAGAUAUUCUUUUCCGUCUCACCCGUUGCCAUAUAUCUCCUGGCCGGAUACCUGCUGGUCGGUGGCGGCGUGAACCCGGUAUCGGCCGGUACAAUUGUUGCCUUCACUACCCUGCAGAGUCGCCUUUAUUUUCCGAUAGGACGGUUGCUGGAGGUGUCGGUGGAACUACAGGCGUCACUCGCCCUUUUCGAGCGCAUCUUUGGUUACCUGGACAUAAAGCCUGAUAUCUCCGAUGAAUCUGACGCCAUCGAGUUAUCGCCUGGUCAGGUGGCGGGCUCUGUCAGGUUUGACUCCGUACGGGUGAAUUACUCCGCCCCUAAUAACCCCGAUUCGGAUGCGGUGGGACCCGAAGGGAUGGCGGCGAAAAAGAAUGGACUUGAGUCGCAGUGGGCGUUGGACGGCGUCAGCUUUGAGAUUAAGGCAGGCCAGUUGGCCGCUUUCGUGGGGCCCAGUGGCGCGGGCAAGACCACCAUUUCCUACCUAAUUCCCAGGCUGUAUGAUGCGACCGAGGGCAGUAUCAGCAUUGACGGCGUAGACGUGAGGAAGAUUAAUCUGGCAUCUCUUGCAGGGCUGAUAGGCUACGUUACCCAGGAGAGUUACCUGUUUCACGCCAGCAUUCGGGAAAACCUGUUGUACGGCGACGGUCAGGCCAGCCAGCAAGACCUUGAGGCCGCCGCAAAGGCCGCCUACAUCCACGAUCGCAUAGUGGAAUUCCCUGAGGGCUACGACACAGUCGUAGGCGAACGGGGUUACCGGCUCUCCGGCGGGGAGAGGCAGCGCCUUGCCAUUGCCCGUGUGAUACUUCACCAGCCCAGGAUUCUCAUUCUUGAUGAGGCCACGUCGGCGCUUGACACAACCAGCGAGCGGUACGUGCAGUCGGCAUUGCAACCGUUAAUGCGGGGACGCACCACCGUGGCCAUUGCCCACCGAUUGUCUACCAUUAUCGCGGCCGACGUCAUCUAUGUUAUAGACCGCGGCAGGCUCAUGGAGCAAGGCACCCACACCGAAUUGCUGGCGCGCGGUGGCCUGUAUGCCCACUUAUAUCAGGAGCAAUUCGAUGGCGGCCAAGUCGAGUGCUAUUGCGAGGACGGGGUAGUGCUGAGCGACGGGCAAAUUGUAUACCCAGAUCCCGAGGAAGCGUUUGUGUAA